AUGGUGGAAGACAUGAAAGGUAAGAUCCGGGUGUUGUGCCGUAUACGGCCUCUGACCCGGCCAGAGCUGGCCAGGGGUACCAGCACCAUCGUGUCAUGCUUGGACGAUUACUCGGUGAUUCUCGAAACUCCACGGGGCCCUCGGGAAUUUCAGUUUGACAGGAUCUUCUCCAUGGACAGCACACAAGAAGAGGUGUUUCAGGAGUCCAGCAGGCUGAUUCAGUCAGCAAUGGAUGGUUUCAAUGUGUGCAUCUUUGCUUAUGGCCAGACCGGGUCUGGGAAGACCUUUACUAUGGUGGGUGACAAAGAUCUUAAAAACCCUGGAAUCAUCCCCAGAACCUUCAGCAAGAUCUUUGAAAUCAUUCAGGAGAAUGAGAUUAAAUUUGAGUUCAAGGUGUCAGCCUCCAUGCUGGAGCUGUACAACGACCGGCUGCAGGACCUGUUUGUGAGCCCAGCCGAGGCGCUGGCUAAGCGCGUUGAAAUUAAGAAGGACAAAAAGGGGCUGGUGUUUGCCCAGGGAGCAGAGAUGAAGCAUGCGGCCAGCUCCGGCGAGCUCUUCGCCCUCUUCGAGCUGGGCUGUGCCAACCGCCACAUAGCCGCCACCAAGAUGAACGUGGAGAGCUCUCGCUCUCACCUGAUCAUCAGUAUCAUGCUGGAGAGCCGUAACCUGACCAAUGGCAGCAUGAGCUUCGGGAAGCUGAACCUCGUCGACCUGGCGGGCAGCGAGAGAGCGGCUAGGACGGGCGCCAGGGAUGAUCAGCUCAAGGAGGCUAACUCUAUCAACAAGUCUCUGAGUGCACUGGGUGACGUGAUCUCUGCCCUCGCCAUGGAUCAGACCCACGUGCCGUACCGCAACAACAAGCUGACCCAGCUCAUGCAGGACUCACUGGGUGGCAAUGCCAAAACUCUCAUGUUCCUCAACAUCUCACCUUCUGACUGUAACCUGGAUGAGACCCUAACAUCACUCAUAUAUGCCUCCCGAGUGAAGGCCAUAACAAACCACGCCCAGAGGAACACAGAGAGCAAAGAAAUCGCUCAACUCAAAGAGGUCACAGUUCAGCUAGUGAACUCUGCUUUGCCAAGUCUGUACGUCCUGCUCCAUGCCCUGCGGCACUCGGGCAUCGUUACACGGGUGAUUUUGAUCAGGAUAAAUGACCGGUACUUCCCUCCUCUAAGAACAGAGGGGCCAGAGAAGGAACAGGAGCAGAGACCGAUGGACUCUUCUGAUCUCUGCUGA